AUGAUACCAACCGUAAAAGAACGUCAGGCUGGCUCCUAUGACUUUAGAAAAUAUUACGAAAAUCUUUGUGCACUUCACAAUUGUCCUCCACUGACAACAGUUACGAGUCACGUUGGUGAAGGUGUACUUGAUAUAAGCGCAGAUAGAGUAAGAGUUUCAGACUGGGAGCCUCUUCUGGCUGCUCUGAAAAUUAAUCGGAACUUACGCUUUAUUGCCAUCAGGAGCUUCUAUCAGCAUUCGAAUUUAUCGGACAAUGCGUAUUCACAUUAUCGAAGGCGUCCACCUGCUCUACUGUCAAGUUCAAGACUUCUACUGAAUCUGUGUAAAUGCUUACGUCAGUGUAUGCGCGUAACAGAGAAUCUGACAUUUCUGGAAUUACAAAAUCUUCCUAUGAGUAGAGCAAGUCUAUUGCAAAUAUGUGAAGGAAUUGAAAGGAACCGAACAUUGAAACAUUUAUCGUUUGAAGGUUCUUCUGUUAACGAUGAAGGACUUGCAGAUAUUUGUCGGGUGUUAAGAUGUGCACCGAAUAUUUCAACUCUCAAUCUAACAGCGUGUAAUGUAACUAAAUUUGGAAUACCUUCCCUAACAACGUUAAUCAAUUUCCAAGCUAUGCAAAGACAUAACGCUGCUUGGCAAGAAUCUCUACGUUAUCGUUAUCCAGAACUUGAUCGUCUUGGUGGAUUGAAACGUAUCACAAUGAAUGAUAAUCCGGGUAUUGGUGAUGAAGGUUCUGUUCUACUAGCUGAUGCGCUGAUUGAUGAUCUAUGGGUUAAAGCAAUCGAUUUACAAGCGUGUAAUCUUGGUGAUACAGCAGCAAGUACUUGGUUAGCUGUACUAGUCGGUCUUCGAGUUGCCAAUACGAAUAAAUCAGUAGUGAUAAAUGAUGAAACACACCUACAAUCAAAUGGAUCAGGUUUGGAUAAUCAACAUCGUGGAAAUUUCUCGCUUGUCGUUCUUGAUUUACGCAGAAAUCCUGAUAUAUCUCGUGACCUACUACGUGCUGUGACAGAAAGAGCACUUAUCAAUUCAGAGGGUAAACAGACUGAGUUUAGUUGGUUAAAAGCUGGACCACAGACACCAUCAAAGCUAUGCUCCGGUGUUAUAACAUAUCCAUGGCCAGGUAUAACUGGAAUGACAAAGCUACCUGGUUCUUACCAUUCAGACACUGGUGAAUCGAUAAAAUCGACUGAUCGAAGUGGAAGAAGAUCAAAGUCAAAGGAUUCGAUAUGUCAUGAAAGACGUUACAAUGUCAGUGAUGCACCUAUGCAUAUACAUCAUAAAGACAACUUUUCAGACAGACCACCAUUUAUACCAGCUGGUGGUCGACUAAGAUGUAACAGUGCUGGGCCUAGAUAUUCACCAGACUGCCAUAAACCACAUAAGUGUAAUUUAGAUUUAACUAAAAAGCCUAAUCGUUAUUCACAUUGUGGUGAAUCUGGUCCUUUCAGUGAACGAGCUGUAUGGAAGCCACCUGGUAUAGCAAGAAUCAAUAAUAAUAAAGCGUCUUGUAAUAAACCUUCCACUCCAUUGUCAGCUAGGACAGAAGGUGGUGGUGGUGGAAUACCAUGGAGAACUGCUGCAAGAGCGUCAAGAUGUCGUGAUUAUCCAAGCCAUCAUUGUCCCGGUAAAACAUGCCUUGAAUCACGUGCGCUACAUUUGGACUAUGAUCUUGUCCAUAAAUAUAAAACAACAUUGAAUAGCAACAGUAAACAUCCAAUGCCUAAUCCAAAUCACAGUAGUAGAAAGUCUAUCAUUUAUCCAUCGGCAAGAAGUUUAAAUACUUCCACAAAUGGUAGUCAGCGUUAUCAGCCCCAGUGUCAUAAACAGAAUAGAUUGAAUUCAAAACAAACGCCAAAUUCAAAGCUAUCCUCUACACCGAAUUCUUCGUCUAGACUAUCAGGAUCAAUUACUCAACAGAAAUUAAAACAAUUAAUGAUGAAAGUAUCGCAACUGGAAAAAGAAUUACAAGCUGAAAAACUUAAAUCUAAACAACCAGUGAAAAAUAAACAUGUUAAUAAUGAUCAAGAUGUAUUGAAGAUUGAUUCAAAUUCUGUACAAGAAUUACGAAGUUUCAUAUAUCGUUUAACAAGUCUCAUUGAAAAUCUUCAAAAUUCUAAAAAAAAUAAAACCAACACAUCAAAUGAAGAACUUCAUAUUCUGCAGGAUACUUUUGAAGACCUAUGCUCACUUGUUAGUCGAAUUACAGAGAAGAAUUAUCAGUGUCAUGCUGAAGAUUGUCACACUGAACUGACCAUCACUGAAAAUGAUAACGACAACAAUCACAAUAAUCGAACGGAGGAGAAUUUCACAGAAAAUUAUCCAACUACUACUUAUAUCACCGGAAUAAGUAGCAAUGAUGGUGGUAAUCAUCAGUAUAGACUGGAUAGUAAAUUGAAAAAUGAACAAAAAUAUAAAGAUAACGUUAUUGGUAGCAGCAGUCGUAGUCGCAGUAGUGGUAGUAAUAAUAAUAAGCGAAGUUGUUCUACUAAACCACCACAAGUGAAGAAUCAUAUUCAUUGGAAAACUUAUGCAAAAACACGUGCCGUACAAACAGAUAGUCCAAAGCAGUUGAUAACGGUCGACGAAAGUAUAGGCGUUAAUCAUGCUAAUACAAAUACAACAAAGGUCACUGCUACUACAACCGUUACUCCUCGUGUUGUUGUCGUUUCAAUUGAUAACUCAAACAAUCAAAUAGGCAAUGAAAUAGAAGAGGAUAGUCAGCUGACACCAACAGACAAUAAUGACAAUAACGCCAGUUUAUGGAUUAUGAAUUAUGAUGAUAAUAACAAUAAUAUUAAUAAUAAUAACAAUGCUAAUGGUAGUGAUAAUAGAAACCACAAUGAUGUUCAACCUGGUGGUCAAUGCUUCAACAUCAUGAAGAAGAAGAAGAACAAUGAGAACAAUGAAAAUAAUCACAUGACUACAGCAAAUCAUCAAUUGAUGGAUAAUUUUGAAAUUUAUAAAAAAAGCUCUCAGACAGAUCAAUUUUAUGCUGAAUUGAAAGCAAAUACAAUGAUCAAUCGGAUGAACGAUUCAAUGCAUAACAAUAAGAAAUUGUCAAAUGAUGAAAAGGAAGAAGAGAAAGAUGAUACAAAAAUGAAAAAUAGCAGAUCAGAAAUGAAAAUCAAUGAAAUAUGGCCAGUUGAUUCAACACUGAUGGAUGGAAAAGCUACAAGUUCAUCAUGUUUGUUCAAUAUUCCACUGACUCAACAAAAUUCUUGCCAGGAAAAUAUAAAUUCCAUUCACGACAACCACAACAUCAGCAACAACAACAACAAUAACGUCUCAUUUAAUGGAAAGGCAUAUAACAAAAUGUAUACCACAGAAAGACAUGAUCAGGAUUUCAAUAAACUUAAUAUGUUGAACAUUGAACAGAAUAUCACGAAUAAAUACGAGUUGAAUACAUCAAAUUCUUUCUUGAAUGAUGAAAACUUUCAGACUAGUGAGAACAAAAAUGGCAAUUAUGCAGAGAAUAUUCAUUCAAACAUUAAUAAUUACAAUAAUGAUGAUGUCAAUAUUCAUAAUAUAAGUGAUAAUAAUAAUAAUGGUGAUGAUGACAAUGCUUCAGAUGACGAAUUAUUCGAUGAAUUGAUCAUGGAGAAUUAUUGUUCACCAACAGGAAAAUCAAUUAACUCAUCUAGUGAUAAUAAUUCUGAAAAUUAUGAUGCAAUUGCAUUUGACAAUUAUUCAUCAGACACUUCAAGUUUACACAUGAACGGAACAAAUUUAUUCUAUCAAUCAACAAACAAUUCAUUAAUAUCUACAGAGAAUUGA